CGACUCCAACGGAGCUUGUUCCUCGAAGUAACAACCCCUCGAAUAUUCAGAGUGACCGAAAUGGAGCAGCCUCAAAACCUCCGUUCACUUUUUGCUGAAGCAAAGCGGGAAAAGGCCGCAUUGGACGCACGCCCCGACACCAACUCCGACAGCUAUCGCGGCGAUGUGAAUGCGACAAUAGCCAAGUUUGAGGAAUGCCACCGACUGGUCGGCGCACUGUCGAUGUUUAGCUCGAAUGAAUUGCUAGAGGAUCUGUCUACGAGUGAUUUGCCCUAUCUGACGGUCGAAUAUCACCUUGCGGAACUCCUCCAAAGAUCCUAUACCUCAGAUCGCGAGCUUACGCUGCAACGUGCGCUCGGCCAGUAUGAGAAAUAUUUGGCGCGGCUAGAGGAUUACGAACUGCUCGACGACAAGGACAAGAAGCUUUACGAGAGAUAUGUAGCGAAGCCGUCCUCCUUCUCACUCACCCCGACCAACGAUGCCGCAACUCGGAGGGAGGUGAAAAUAACGAGGUUCAAGGAGGAGAAGGAAUUGAAACAAAGGCUUGGGUACCUCUCCGAGAACCACCAACGGCUGCAAAGCGAUGAGGACGACGUACGACAGCUCUACCUUGCAGAAAUUAAGUUAUACACGCACCAGGCAUUCCAAUCACUGGAUCUUCUCGCUCAAGAGUUGUCCAUGCUGUCGACGAUUCGUAAUUUACCCUCCAAACCUGAAGAUUCACAAUCCGAUGACCCGCGAAGGCGAAUCCAGGUCGGCGAAUCCAGUUAUUCGGAACGAUUAGACCCGCCACUUGCUCAACUUCUGCGCGGCGGGAAAUUUGGGCCGCUACUAAGCAAAGGAGGGAAGCCCUUGCAACCUUUUACACUGCUCGAUCGUCGUACUCAGCUCCGGGAUGGGGUGUUUCGAUCGGGGCAUAAUCUGCCCACGAUGACCAUUGACGAGUAUCUCGAAGAAGAAAAGAGGCGAGGAGGGAUUAUUGAGGGCGGAGAGAACUCAGGGCAGCAAGAAGAAAUUGACGAGGACGAUAUGGACAAAGCUGAUGAAGAAACCUUGAAAGCAAGGGCCUGGGAUGAAUUCAAAGAAGCCAACCCAAGAGGCUCUGGAAAUACCCUGAAUAGAGGCUGAUUCAUUUUAUGACCAAAGAAAUUAACAUAUUUAGCGUUGGAUUCAGUUAGAACUCAUAGGCAUGCUUGAUUCUAAUACCAUCUAUU